AUGGCAGCCAUACCUAUUAUCAUCAAACACGCCGGCAAGCGCCACGAAGUCGAGCUCGAUCCUACCUCCACCGGCGAAACAUUAAAGUACCAGCUAUUCUCAUUGACUGGUGUUGAGCCUGAUCGUCAGAAGGUUCUUGUGAAAGGUGGCCAGCUGAAAGAUGAUACUCCUCUCUCCUCUCUCAAAGCCAAGCCUGGGCAAACUUUUAUGAUGAUGGGCACGCCUUCUGGCGGUCAGGAUGCCCUGAGCAAGCCCAAGGAGGCCACAAAGUUCAUGGAGGAUAUGACGGAGGCUGAAGUUGCACAGCAAGCGGGAGCUACACCUGCUGGCCUACAGAAUUUGGGCAAUACGUGCUACUUGAACUCUACCCUCCAGACCCUUCGUGGUGUUCCGGAGCUGCAAGAGGAGCUUCUCAAGUACCAGCCUAGUGGCCGAUCUGGACAGUCGGGAUUGUCAGAUCUCAGCAGCUUCGGUCUCGGCGGCUUGAAUGGCUCAAAUGAUCUUGCUGCAUCGCUCCGCGAUCUGUUCAAGCAAAUGUCGGAAACCCAGGAGGGCAUCCCUCCGUUCAUGUUCCUCAACGCCCUUCGGACAGUAUUCCCUCAAUUCGCCCAAAAAGAUCGCAACAAUCAUGGCUACGCACAACAGGAUGCCGAGGAGGCUUGGUCUCAGAUCCUCAACCAGCUGCGUGCCAAAUUAACUAUCAAGGACGGUGCCGAGUCGAGUAGCCAGACCUCCUUUGUCGAUAAAUAUCUCGCGGGUCAGUUUGACUCUGUGACUGAGUGCGAUGAUCCUGCAGCCAAAGAGAUGGGCGAAGAGCCUAACAACUCCUCGGAUGUGUUCUUCAAGCUGGAUUGCCAUAUUGGAAAGGAGACCAACCACCUCCAAGAUGGUAUUCUGGCUGGGUUAGAGGAGCAGAUUGAAAAAAAGUCUCCCACGCUGGAUCGCGAUACAAUGUACACUAAGCGCUCUCGCAUUGCCCGUCUUCCAAAGUACCUGACUGUGCAUUUUGUCCGAUUUUUCUGGAAACGGGAGACCCAGAAGAAAGCAAAGAUCAUGCGCAAGGUUACCUUCCCGGCCGAACUUGACGUUGUGGAAUUCUGUACAGAUGCACUUCGGGAUCAGCUCGUCCCUGUUCGCGACAAGGUACGAGAGAUUCGCAAGGAUGAGGUCGAUGCCGACCGCGCUCGCAAACGACAAAGGCUAGCCAUCGAACGUGAAGAAAAGCAGGCCAAGGGAGAAACCGAGGAACCCUCGGAGCCGAUGCAAAAGAAGAAGGCUACAGAGGAGAACAAGGAGAAGAAGAAUGACAAGGAUGGCGACACGGAAAUGGAGGAAACCUACAAGACCGAUGCCCAGUACGAGGAGGAGAAGAAUGCUGCCAUCAAGGCUGCGAAGCUGGAACUGCAGGAGCUUCUCCAGAAAAACGGCUCUCCGGACAGCGGAACCAACCAGUCAGGUCUUUAUGAGCUCCGUGGUGUGAUUACGCACCAGGGUGCCAGUGCUGACAGCGGUCAUUACACUGCUUAUGUCAAGAAGCAGGCCCGGAAGUCCAGCGAUGCCAAGCCUGGUGACAAGCGUCGCGACGAUGAUAACGACAAUAAGUGGUGGUGGUUCAAUGAUGACAAGGUCACUGAGGUGGAAGCCGAGAAAAUUGAGACUCUUGCUGGUGGUGGUGAGUCGCACUCGGCACUCAUUCUCCUGUACCGUGCCAUCGAGCUGCCAACUUUGGAUUGA